AUGGCUGGUGAACGGUAUUUCGACAGGUGGAAGGAUUACCUCAACCUCUCCAAGGUUGUGGCAGAGGUCAUCGAGGAACGGAAGAGGGGCCAAUUUCUGUCUCCUGUCUCAGACGCCCUAAAAUCCUAUGGGCCACCCUUCUCCCUUGAGGACCCCCUGGGAGCCACAGCACAGUGGCUCAACGGGAGCGGGACCAGUGGCAGCAGUGGUUCAGAGUGUGGGGCAAGCGGAGGGACACCCCAGACCCCUCAGUUGGAGAGCGGGGGGAUCUGCAACUUUUGCAAACACAAUGGAGAAUCCAAGAACGUCUACUCUUCCCAUCCUCUGAAAAGAGAAGACGGGAAGGUGGUCUGUCCCAUCCUGCGUAAUUACGUCUGCCCGCUCUGUGGUGCGACUGCCGACAAGGCCCACACCUUGAAGUAUUGCCCACUCAACCAAGGGAAGCAGUCCCUGUAUCGCAAGAGCGGACGCAAUUCAGCAGGUCGCAAAGUCAAGAGAUAA